AAACAAUUCUUCCCCCAUCCCUGUCCCCCUCGACAGUCUCCCUCUCAUCAGCCAAUUGACCUCCAUCCUCCAUCCAGGGAAUGCCUUUACCCUUUCCCACUCACCCUUAGCCACCUAGAACCAUGAAAUCCCCCAUCUCUCUUCUCGCGGCCGUCGGCGUAGCCUCGGCUGCCUCCCCGCAGACCCUCUUGUCCCUCGCCUCCACCGCGUCCGACAUCAUCGACGCUUCGCCGUUCCUCUCAUUCCACCGCGACAUCGUCCAGAUCCCCUCCGUCUCUGGUAACGAGACGGCCGUAGGCACCUUCGUGGCGGAAUUCCUCGAAUCGCACAACUUCACCGUCAUCAAGCAGCCCGUCCCCUCAUCCUCCAAAGGCGACCCCAACCGCUUCAACAUCUUCGCCUACCCAUCCACCUCGCCUUCCCAAGACCGCCCUGAGAUCCUACUGACCAGCCACAUCGACACCGUACCCCCCUUCAUCCCCUAUGGGCUCCACGAUGACGCAAACAACAACUCCAACAUCCUCAUCUCCGGCCGCGGCACCGUAGACGCCAAAGCCAGCGUCGCCGCCCAGAUCUUCGCCGUCCUCGAUACCCUCGAAUCCAACCCAUCCGCUAGCCUAGGCCUCCUCUUCGUUGUCGACGAAGAAGUCGGUGGCCUCGGCAUGCGCACCUUCUCCGACAACUCCACUCUCAACCCUUCCCCGUCCCCCUACCAUACCGUCAUCUUCGGUGAACCCACCGAGCAGGCCCUCGUCGCCGGCCACAAAGGCAUGCUGGAGUUCCCCAUCAUUGCAACUGGCCAAGCCGCUCACUCGGGAUACCCCUGGCUCGGUAGCAGCGCCAUCUCCGCCCUCCUGCCCGCUCUAUCGCGGGUCGAUCGUCUAGGCAAGAUCCCAGAAGCGGAGGGCGGACUUCCCGCGAGCGAUAAAUACGGCGAAACGACCGUGAACAUUGGGCGCGUGGACGCUGGCGUCGCGGCCAAUGUAGUGCCCUCGUCCGCGAUCGCUGAGGUGGCGAUCCGUCUGGCGGCGGGCACGCCCGACGAGGCGAGGGACAUUGUUGCACGUGCGGUGAGAAAUGCCACUGGUGGUGACGAGCAUGUGUACUGCGAUUUUGCUGCGUAUUCUGGUGGGUACGCGCCUCAGGACCUGGACACAGACGUCCCCGGAUUUGAGAUCACCACGGUGAACUAUGGUACGGAUGUGCCGAACCUCAAGGUCUCUGAGGGAGUUAAGCGCUAUCUGUAUGGCCCGGGUAGUAUCCAUGUUGCGCAUGGUGAUAAUGAGGCUAUCACUGUCGGACAGUUGGAGGAGGCAGUCCGUGGAUACAAGCGGCUCAUUGAGGCUGCUGUGCAGCGGGCUCGCAGGACUUAGAAAGUGAUGCAGCUAGCCAUUAACCAGCCGGCUAGCCACGACGUGUACAUAUAACGAGGAAACGAUGACGAUUGUUUCUCUCCACUUACUACUAGUACGUAUAUUCUGUACAUAGUAUAUAUACACCCACAGGGAA